AUACAGAUAUCAGUGAGUCUGGAAUUUCUGUGAGAAGCACUGGAUCAACUACUUCUUUGACUAGCCAAGGGGAGAGAAAGAGAAGGACCCUUCCCCAGCUUCCAAAUGAAGACAAGUCUCUUGAAAAUAGUAGAGUGAAAAUCCUGCCUCCACGGUCAGAGAUAGGUGAGAAACAAGACACUGAACUUCAGGAGAAGGAAGCCCCAACACAAUCAUCCCCAAAGGAGCGGCAAGAUGCUGAUAGAGUCCUUGGGAAAAUGAACAGAACUGUGAAUGGUCAGACUUUGAAAAGUGUUGGAGACACUAAGACCCCAUUUCAUCUGAACACUUGUGGUCCUGGCAAAGAGAAAAGUGAGACUGACAGAGAAGCCUCCUUGGUAAAGCAAGCCUUAGCCAAAAUUCAAGAACAAGAGCAAAAGGAUCAGGCACAGUGGACACCCACUAAAUUAGCUUCCUCAAAACAUGCUACAGGUCAAGGAGAGAAGAGUAAGGAGGAACCUCUUAGACAAGGUACACAUGCACUAGAAAAAGCCCUGGGCCAUCCUGCAGGUAAAGGAGAAAGGGUGAUACAAAGUGAAGGCAAGAGGAGAAAGACUGAAGAAAUUCUAAAAAGUCAGACUUCCAAAGGGCCAGGAGGAGACAAGAAGGAAUCCACAAAGUCCUUAGUGAGACAGGGAAGCUUUACUAUUGAAAAACCAAGCACAAACAUCCCUAUAGAACUCAUUCCCCACAUUAAUAAACAAACAGCAUCUACUUCCCCUUCUUUUGCAUUAACAUCUGUAAACAGCAGAAUACGAGAGAGAAGUGACUCCAUGGAUACUGAUUCUAGUAUGGACACAACUCUCAUUUUAAAAGAUACAGAAGCAGUAAUGGCAUUUCUCGAAGCUAAGUUGCGAGAAGAGAACAAAACAGAUGAAGGCCCAGAAACUCCAAGUUAUAAUCGGGAUAAUUCUAUUUCACCUGAAUCAGAUGUGGACACAGCUAGCACAAUCAGUUUGGUUACUGGAGAUACAGAAAGAAAAACAACCCAAAAACGAAGGAGUUUGACUAGCCUUUACAAAGAUAGAUGUUCCACGGGUUCUCCUUCCAAAGAUGUUUCAAAAUCAUCAUCUUCAAGUGCUAGAGAAAAAAUUGAAAAGAAAACAAAAAGCCGUUCCACUGAUACUGGAUCAAGAACAGAAAGUCGUAAAAUUGUUCAGACAAGUGGAAGAAUAAGACAGCCUUCUGUCGACUUAACAGAUGAUGAUCAAGCCUCUAGUGUACCUCAUUCUGCUAUUUCUGAUGUUAUGUCAUCUGAUCAAGAAACUUACUCUAAUAAAUCUCAUGGAAGGGCUCCAUUUACCACAACAGACGAACAUUUACAUUCCAAACCAGAAGGCACCAAAUUAGCUAAAUCUAAGACCUCUCCUGUUGCAACUGGUUCAUCUAGUAAAUCAACCACUCUUCCAAGACCACGGCCCACCAGGACUUCUCUCUUGCGAAGAGCACGACUUGGUGAAGCUUCAGAUAGUGAACUUGCUGAUGCUGACAAAGCAUCAGUUGCCUCUGAGGUGUCCACAACCAGUUCCACAUCAAAGCCUCCAACAGGAAGACGAAACAUCUCAAGAAUUGACUUAUUAGCCCAGCCUCGUAGAACAAGACUUGGUUCAUUAUCAGCCCGCAGUGACUCUGAAGCAACUAUAUCUAGAAGUAAUGCCUCUUCACGUACUCAAGAAUCUGUCGUGAGAAGUGGUGCAAGAUUAAAUCCAUCUGAUAAAUUUUCUCCCAGAAUUAGAGCUAAUAGUAUUUCUCGACUCUCUGACUCCAAAACCAGAAGUAUGACUUCAACACAUAGCUCUCCAUCAG